UCAGGAAGAGUCUAAAGAUUAGAUUGUAAGAAAAGAAAGUAGAAGCCAUGUUUCGAAGACCUGUAUUUAAGGUACUUCAUCAGUUUGUAAGACAUGAGUCUGAAAUAGCUAGCAGUUUAGUUCUGGAAAGAUCCUUAAAUCGUGUGCAGUUACUUGGGCGAGUGGGUCAGGACCCUGUCAUGAGACAGGUGGAAGGGAAAAAUCCAGUCACAAUAUUUUCUCUAGCAACAAAUGAGAUGUGGCGAUCAGGGGACAGUGAAGUAUACCAAAUGGGUGAUGUCAGUCAAAAGACUACAUGGCACAGAAUAUCAGUAUUCCGGCCAGGCCUCAGAGAUGUGGCCUAUCAGUAUGUGAAAAAGGGGUCUCGGAUUUAUGUUGAAGGGAAAGUAGACUAUGGAGAAUACACGGAUAAAAAUAAUGUGAGGCGACAAGCAACAACAAUCAUAGCUGAUAAUAUUAUAUUUCUGAGUGACCAGGCAAAAGAGAAGGAAUAGAAUGGACGAUUCAACUUUGAUGGAGGCACCAAAGGGUUUCUGAAACUUUCUCAAGGUCCUGCAGUUAACAAGAGACAGAGCCAGGAUUUCCAUUCCAGACACACAUUUGUAUCCCUCUGCAGAAUGCAGACUUUCUUAAGGACAUUUAGACAACGUUCAUUAGAAGAUUCUGGUGGGACCUCUUAAGUGACAACUUGAUAAACUGUUUCUUAUCAGUUAAACCAAUAUGGGGAUUUCUGUUUGCUGCCAACAGAUAGAAACAUGAAUGGAUGUAUGAAAUUGUAAACUUCAGGGGAGUGAGCUGGGCUGGACAUUAAAUCUGGAGGAUACUUCAACAAUGCAUUCUGGAAUAUCACCUCCUUGGAGGAGUCUCCAAUGCUUAUGGAAUUUGUGUGGACUAUAGCCUCUUCUGGGAGACAGACACACAUGUAUGAACAAUGGUUCUUUAAAAAAUUAAAUCCAAAGGGAGUGCCUGCCUUUGAUGGAGAAUGCCGCUCAUUCACAGGAUCACACGUUUAUACAUGCACGUAUGCCUUAAGACCUGCUGAAGACUUUAUGUGUAAGUUAAAUGUGACAUGGUGAUGGAUGUGAAAACUGGUAAGUCUGAAUGAGAGAAGAGUACAGAGUGGAAACAGCUCACAGAGCAACAGAUGCAGGGCAUUUGGGCUGCUUGCCUCAGGCAUCUUAAGCUGCACCGUAACUCUACCUUGUGCAAGAUUGACAAAGACGUAUUAAAACUCUU